AUGCCGCUGCCGGAGAAGUCCCGCGUCCCGCCUGCGGCGAAGCCCCGCUUCAGUAACAACUUCGAUCCCUACAACUCCAACGCCACCGGCCACCAGCGUCCAGAAAACACCCCGGGCGCGACGACGGGAUGGCGGACCAGCCGGGCCCGUAAGCUCUCGGAGCAGUUCGCCAGCGGGAACUCGGGUGGCAUUCGCAUGAGCGACACCUAUGGCGCUGGCAGCGAGGACUUUGACGAGAGACUGAAGAUGGUCGUUCCCAAGGACGUGAAGGCGAGGGCGAAGAUGAGCGUCGCCGAUAUGCUCGCUCGACCGGGGCUGAUGAAGAGCGGCUCCUCCAUCUCCGAGGCGGGGUCACUGGCAUCCAAUACAUCUGCUACAGGUGGAAACCCCAAAAUGAGUGACGAGGAGAUACUCGAGGCUCGCCGGAGGGAGGACGAGGAGAAAGCGGCGAAGAAGGCCGUCGGCCGGGGUUUGUUCGACGGCGUCACGGUCUACGUCAACGGGAGUACACACCCCACCAUCUCCGAUCACAGAUUGAAGCGCGUGCUGGUCGAGAACGGCGCGCGGGUGUCCAUCCACCUCGGCCGGAGGCAGGUCACGCACGUCAUUGUCGGGAGACCGGCAGGCAUAGGGUCCGGGGCUGGCGGAGGGCUCGCGGGCGGUAAGCUGGAAAAGGAAGUCCGCAAGAUCGGCGGGUGUGCCGUGAAAUAUGUCGGCGUUGAGUGGAUUAUGGAGAGCCUGAAGGCGGGGAUCAGGCUGCCAGAAGCGCGGUUUUCACCCCUCAAAAUUGCCCGGGAAGGCCAAAGGAGCAUCUAUGGCAUGUAUGGGAGCCGGUCCAUCAAGGCGCCUUCCACGGAGUUGGCAAGUUAA